AUGCCGUAUCUGACGCAGCCCGGAACGCCUCCUCGGAAGAAGAGCGUCUUCAGAAAACUACGACGUGCGAUUUCAAGGACCAAAUCGAAGUCUCGAGGCACUCCGAAUGCGUUGGGCUCCAUUCCAAACCCAACCAUCGCCUUGAGGGCCUGUCCCGAUGUGGGCCUAAGCGAGCGGUUUGGCGUCGUCCCAACGGACAUGGACCUUGGACUGUGGGACAUUUUGACCGCCACUGCUGCCAGAUAUCCGAAUAGAGAGGCCAUCGUCUCUCUUUGGCAGCAGCCAUACGAUGAUGGUUACGAGAGUGACUACCGAACUGAAGAUGAGCAUCGUUGUCUCAGGUGGUCAUACCAGCAGCUCCUGGUCGAGUCCACCCGUAUUGCAAUAUGCUUGAGGAAGUUGGGCUGUCGCCCCAACAUGCGUUUGGCCGCCGUGGUUUGGAACAGUGCCGAAUGGGGACUUUUCUUUUGGGUCGCCGCCAGCCUUGGCAUGGUCUUCGCUCCCAUCGACCCUCGUGUUCCAAGCGAGGCGCAGAGCAUGCUACAGGUCUUGAAACCCGACGUCAUUGUCGUGCAAGAUGACAACGGCAUAGCCAUCAUCGAUGAUCCGGAGCUCGAUCAGCCAUUCUCGUCCCUGUGUAUCCGCAUUUGCUGCUCCUAUACCUCCCACCCAGACUGGAUUAAUCUUUGGGGCGAACGUAACAUAGAGCAGCACGUGAUGAACAUUGAGAUGUUCACCAAUAUUGAGACUGGCCAUUUUGACAGCCAGCAGGACUGCCACCAGCCCAAUCAGUUAGCCGUGGUGGUCUUCACCAGCGGGACGACAGGCAAGCCAAAGGGUUGUCCGCAUACCAAUCAGAGCAUCAUCUCCCAGACGGCCAAAUACGACCCGAACCCUGAUCCCUCCCUGGUUGACCGUUGGCUUGUACACACGCCGGUGUCGCACAUAUUUGCCAUCAACAAUGCGCUGCGGGCUUGGAGGUACGGAGGCGCCGCCAUCUUCCCGUCCCAGACAUUCAACGUUCAGGCGACGAUAAGGGCCCUGCGAGACGAGAGAAUCACCAUCAUGUCAGCAACUCCAACAUUGGUCAAAAUCUUGCUGGCAGACCCUGUGUUUCCGGACCCCUCAGAGCUCUGUCUCGAGGUUGUGAGCAUUGCCGCAACAACCAUCACACAGGACGACAUUGACAUGUGUCGCCAAGGCUUGGGCGCAAAAGACGCGAUCCAGGCUUAUGGGAUGAGCGAAGGAGCACCAACUUUGAGCUGGGCCCGCAGCGACAAGCUCCUGGUUGAUGGCUUUCAUCCAGGCGUAGGUAAAGCCCUCCCUGGCGUGUGGGUAAGAAUAUGUGACCCUGCGACGAGGGAGGUUCUUCCCUAUGGACAGCUCGGCGAGAUUCAUCUCAGUGGAUACUCGGUCAUCUCUAGCUAUCUCGACGGAGCGGAGAGCGAAUCUUUCUAUCGAGAUGGCUGCGGUACGUGGCUCAUGACAGGCGAUCAAGGCUGCAUGGACAGCAAUGGAGUUCUCUAUGUUUGCGGGAGAUACAAAGAUAUCAUUAUCCGGGGCGGAGAAAACAUCAAUCCCUUUGAAAUUGAGUCUGCAAUUGCGCAAAUUCCAGGUGUUCAAGCUGCUGCCAUUGGUGUUCCGGACAACAUGGGCGGCGAAGUUCCCGUAGCUGUAGCAAGUCUCCCCGAAGGUGUGACGAAGUCCAUGGUCAGCGAUCGUGUCGCAAUGCUCGACGCCAAGUACAUGCUGGCAGGAGUCUAUACUUUGCAGGACCUGGGUCUCGAGGCAUUCCCAGUCACCUCGAUGGGAAAGGUGAAGAAGAACGAGCUGAAGAAGGCCAUCGAGAACGUCGGCCAAGCUCCGGCAGAUGAGGUAUUCCUUGGCACGUCAAAGCCCGACGCCUCGUAUUCAUUUUUUCAUCAUAAUGAAAUAUUGAAUAAGCUGGUAGAUGCUUGGGAACAGGUUACUGGGACGAGGCCAAAAACCGAUACGCAAAUGACACAUUUGGCUGACAGCAUUUCCAUGCUCCGGUAUUGUGACGCCGUGUAUAGAUCGACGGGAAAGAGACUUUAUCUCCAAGACGUUGUGACAUGCGAUACGGUCGACAAGCAAGCCGAAUUGCUAGCGGCGCGAAGUGCCAAUGCGAAAGCCGAUGACGGCUCGCUUGUCCAUCUACCGGCCCCGUUGCUUAAAACGAACCCUGGGAGCAACACUGUAGUCUUCCCAUCUUCGUUCGGGCCAAAGACUCUAGCACCACUCCAAAGCAAUCUUGUUUCCUCGUCUGCUUUCCCAGAUCACAGAUUGCUGAAGAACGCGCUGGAAAUAUUGGGGCUGAACGAAUGCGUGGUCGAGGACAUGAUUCCAAUCAAAGAGUCUCUCCAUCGGACCGUCGUUGGCCAACGCCCUCAAUCCUAUCAUGUUCGCAUGGUUUUUCGGGCGACACACUCUGAGCCCCAGCAUGUUCGUCAGAGUUUGGAAAAGUGCGUGGCACAUAGACCGAUAAUGAGAACAAUCCUAUUUGACUCAUAUGGCUUCAAACCAUGCCAUGUCGUCAUCGAGGCGGGCCGUGAGCUUCUUCACCACCUGAUUCACGAUGUGGAGGUCGAGACCGAGGCAGAGGCUCAGGAGAGAUGGAGCGAUGACUCCUAUGAGGCUCAUUCUUCCCACUUCAUGUUCCAAGGCCAUGUUAUCAGUGUUCGGCAGAGCAAUGUGGUGUUCCUGUCUGUUCUCUUCAGUCACUCCAUCAUAGAUGCACUAUCCCUCUGGCCCUUCCAUCGAGACCUCGAGUAUAUCUUGAGUGACGCCAAUGCCAAGUUGUCGCCGUCUACACCGUUCAGGCUCUUCUCUGAUUUAUUCAGCCAGUACGAGGACAGCGAGCCAGCCCGACAAGCCGUGCUGUUCCACACAGGGAAGCUGCGUGGCAUCUCGCGGCUCCAGGACGCACUGUGGCCUCCUCAAAGGGCGCCAGGCUGGAUGAUCUCCAACGACGCCGGCUCGCAUCGUGCACGUGAGCGUGCUCUUGUCAGAGCUCAAGUGUGGGAGGGCGACUGGGAGGCAAAUGCGAAGUCGUUUCGGUACCCGCGACAGGCCCGGAUUGUCUGCCUGCCCCAUCUGGCUGAGCUGCAGCGAAUGCACGGCAUUCAGCCAUCGUUGUUCGCCAAGGCAGCGUUGGUGUUGUUCAAUACAAGGCAGACGGGGGCGUCACAUGCAAUCUUCAACACGUGGGAGAGUUGUCGGACGUGGCCAUUUGUGCCGCAGUGGAUGCAGGACAUGCUUCCGCCGGCGAUGAGCAUCGAUGGGCCGACGGCGUCGUGGCUUCUCCGGAUGGCAGUGGUGUCUAAAAACGAGACCGUGCUAGAUUUUCUUAAACGGUUUACCUCCGAAUGCGACGAAGAGAGUCGAUACGAUCAUGUGCCGUGGCAAAAGGUGAUUGAGGAGUUGCGAGACGAAGGGGCGGUGGCCGACGCAGCCAGCUAUCGACAAUCGUUUGUCUGGGACGUGACACUCGGGCUCGGCUCGUCAAAGGAGUUCAGAAACGACUCGAGAUUACUGGAGUUUGUCAGCCGAUUGGACUGGGGCGAUUGCGGCUUCUUCUGGAACAUGUUUAUGAUUGAUAGUCAGAACCUGUACUUUGUCGCAUCCUGGGACACGGCGCAGAUGAACGACAUCGAGGUCGAGGACUUUUGCGAGUGCAUGGCUGAUACGAUGCGGAAGAUUGCGAGGCCGGACAAUUGGAACAAGACGGUCGGGCAGUUGUUUGGACCGUGA